CACGCUCCUUCCUUGAUGGGUGACGAGCGUCACCAAAGGUGGUGACGAGCGUCACCAUAUGUGAUACUUUCUACUUCGAGCUUGGUACUUCGUGGCUUCAACCCAAAAUGCUCUAAAAGAUUCUAAAUCUCCAAUUAUGUUCCAGAUAUACUAUACCAUAUUUGUUUUUUAUUGCGUUGACAGAAAAAGUUUCGUCGCGUUUCAAGUAAUUAAAGAAGAUCUCACAAACUUCCAUGCUGCUUAAUUGCUCAAAAAAAAAUUCCGCGGUCCCCGCCCACCGAGUACUAAAGUACACGUGGCCUACUAAUUUUGGAGUUUGCCGUUCACGCGCGUGCCUGCGAAGCACAUAUCCGUAUCCGUAUGAGCCUCUGACGGUGAAAUAUGUAAUGACGACACUCUCUCUCGGUCAAACAAAUUCUCCUGUCUGAAAAUAAAUUUAUCGAAACGCAGCCGUUUAAUUCGUCUCAGCACUCUAGCACGAGGUCCACGAGCAAAUUGGCGUUAUUUAUCGUCUCUCUUUAUCUUCUCUUCACACUGCAAAAAUCCAAACAAAGAGAAAAAAAGUACAAUAAAUAAAAUAAAAAUGUUUAUAGCGUCUCCGGUGAAAACGAACUUCUACGGCGCCGGCCUAACAAGAUCUCCGGCGUUUCCCGCUCUUCCACGGCGGCGGCAACAACAACACCGAGUUCCACUUUCGAGACAAGUUCGAGCUGUGAUUUCCCGGGAAGAAAAGGCGGUGGAUCAAGAAGAUGAAAAAAGUACAAACGGAUCACUCGUAAGCAAUUCUCCUGCGUUUCCAUGGAAGAGAUCUAAGUAUACGGGAUCAAAAACAGUUGUGGCGGUUGUGAAGAUCAGAAAGAAGAUGAGAGAGAAGCUAACGGAAAGGUUUGAGCAUCAGUUAGAGCUUCUAAUGAAAGCGAUCGGUCAAGGGAUGUUGAUUCAGCUCGUCAGUGAAGAAAUCGAUCCUGAAAGUGGUUCAGGCAAGAGGAGUUUAGAAGCUCCAGUGCUCGGACUCCCAACGGUCCGGAACAAUCCAAGAUACCUUGAGUUCAAAGCCAACUUCAAUGUUCCUACUGACUUUGGUAAACCUGGAGCCAUUCUUGUCACCAAUCUCCUUUCCACAGAGAUUUGCUUGUCGGAGAUUAUCAUCCAUGAUGACAAUGACACCAUUCUCUUCCCUGGAAACACUUGGAUCCACUCCAGGACUGAUAAUCCUGAAGGCAGGAUCAUCUUCAGAAGCCAACCAUGCUUACCUUCCCAAACUCCUGCUGGGAUCAAAGAGCUACGCGAGAAGGACUUGAGGACUGUCCAAGGUAACGGUAAAGGCGAGAGAAAGCCUCACGAGAGGGUUUAUGAUUACGAUGUUUACAACGAUUUAGGUGAUCCUCGUAAAAAAGAACGAGUCAGGCCUGUUCUUGGUGUUCCACAGAGGCCGUAUCCAAGACGAUGCAGGUCUGGUCGUCCUCUCGUUUCAAGAGAUCCACCGUGUGAGAGCAGAGGAAAAGAGAAGGAAGAGUUUUAUGUUCCGAGAGAUGAAGUUUUCGAGGAAAUCAAGAGAGAUACUUUUACAGCUGGGAGAUUUAAGGCUCUCUUUCACAAUCUCGUCCCAUCGAUUGCAGCUGCAUUGUCAAACUUAGACAUACCCUUCACUUGCUUCUCGGAUAUAGACAGAUUAUACAAAUGUGACAUUGUCUUGGGACCUACCGAGCCAAAAGACACGGGUCUUGGCGGGUUUGUAGGCGGUUUCAUGGAUGGGAUUCUCAACGUCGGUGAAACACUGCUUAAAUACGACACUCCAGCAGUUAUAAAAUGGGACAGAUUUGCGUGGCUAAGAGAUAAUGAAUUUGGACGCCAAGCUCUUGCUGGUGUCAACCCCGUAAACAUCGAGCUUUUAAAGGAGCUGCCAAUUCGAAGCAAGCUUGACCCGGCUAUAUAUGGACCUCAAGAAUCUGCGCUCACAGAGGAAGUGAUUGCUCGAGAAGUUCAACACUAUGGAAUGACUUUGGAACAGGCGUUUGAGGAGAAGAGGAUGUUUCUCUUGGAUUACCAUGACAUGCUAUUACCAUUUGUAGACAAGAUAAACUCCAUCAAAGAGGAUCCAAGAAAGACAUAUGCUUCAAGAACAAUCUUCUUCUAUUCAAAAGCGGGCACACUUAGGCCGUUGGCCAUAGAGCUAUCGUUGCCUCCCACUUCAGAGAACGAGAACAAGUUUGUUUAUACCCAUGGUCAUGACGCUACUACUCACUGGAUUUGGAAACUAGCCAAAGCUCAUGUCUGCUCAAAUGAUGCUGGUGUUCACCAACUAGUGAACCACUGGCUAAGGACUCACGCUUGCAUGGAGCCUUACAUCAUUGCUACUAACAGACAGUUGAGUACAAUGCAUCCGGUUUACAAGCUGCUUCACCCUCAUAUGCGCUACACUCUUGAAAUCAAUGCGCGUGCGCGUAAAAGCUUAAUCAACGGAGGUGGAAUCAUCGAGAGUUGCUUCACUCCAGGGAAAUACUCAAUGGAUCUAAGCUCAGCAGCGUACAAGAGUAUGUGGCGGUUUGACAUGGAAGGUCUUCCUGCUGAUCUUGUUCGAAGAGGAAUGGCAGAGGAAGAUUCUUCAGCGGAAUGUGGAGUGAAACUAGUGAUUGAAGAUUAUCCAUAUGCAGCAGAUGGUCUUUUAAUCUGGAAAGCUAUCAAGGACCUAGUUGAAUCAUAUGUCAAACACUUCUACUCUGAGCCUAAUUCUAUAACCACUGACCUUGAGCUCCAAGCUUGGUGGGAUGAGAUCAAGAACAAAGGUCACUACGACAAGAAAGACGAGCCUUGGUGGCCUAAACUCAACACAACACAAGACUUGUCCGAGAUCUUAACCAACAUGAUAUGGAUCGCUUCGGGUCAACACGCAGCUAUUAACUUCGGUCAGUACCCGUUCGGAGGUUAUGUCCCGAACCGACCUACUUUAUUGAGGAAACUUAUACCGCACGAAAACGACCAUGACUACGAGAUGUUCAUGCGAAACCCUCAGUACAGCUUCCUAAGCUCUCUACCAACACAACUCCAAGCAACAAAAGUGAUGGCGGUACAAGAGACGCUCUCGACGCAUUCCGCUGACGAAGAGUACUUGAUCGACCUGAGAGAAGUUCAGAGACGUUGGUUUCAAGAUGAGGAAGUGGUUAAGUAUUUUAACAAGUUCUCGGAGGAGCUUGAGGAGAUAGAGAAGAAGAUCAACAAGAGAAACAAAGAUAAGAAACUCAAGAACAGAACAGGUGCUGGAAUGCCUCCUUACGAAUUACUUCUUCCUACUUCAUCACAUGGAGUCACUGGCCGUGGUAUUCCCAAUAGCAUUUCUAUUUAGUUAAGUGUAUACACAAACAGAUUUAUAUCAAUAAUUAUGUUGUAAUGAGGUUUUAUUUUUGGGUGGUAGAGUCUGUAAUAUGAGGAUUAUUACUUCUUUUUCCAAUGUAUAAUAAUGCAAGAAGGUUCAAUAGUCUCAUACUCACUCCUAA